AUUGUACCUUUGAGAUGACCCAUAGGGUGCCCAGCUGCCUGACCACCCUUUCCAUCUCCUCCACCUGAGAAGGGGACAGGCUCCCGGGACUCAAAAGGAGACAUUUGGACAUACCCUGGGUGCACUCUGGGGACAAUCCACACUCCCCUCACCAACUCCCAGCCUCCUAGCAUGUCCUUACUCAUAUCCCACCUGCACAAAAGCUUGCACGAGGAAGAAAGUGAAGGCCACCGCCUCCAAUCUUCCUUCUUUGAAGAGGCCCCAGGGACACAAAGCCCACCUCCUCCCUCAGUCUCCCUGGGCCGCCCGCUCUGCAGCAGGACGCCAGUGGCCACUGCUCAGAGGAGCAGGUCCCGCGGCCCCAGGGGGCACCCCUUCCCUCCGCAGCGCCCCUAGAGCGUUCCCUACCGCAGCCUGACACCCAAUCAGAGUGAAUCCGAUCCCCCGCCGGCCAGUCGCCAGGGGCCGGCCCAGAAUAGUGCGCGGGGCCGGGCGGACUGUGCGCACUGGCUCGUAGACUGGAGCUGGCCGCAUGGAGCCGAAGCUGGAGCACACGCUGCGCGGCGUAUCUGGGUCCCAGGGGGCCGGAGCUGGGGCCAAAGAGGACAGCAGACGUGUAACUACCCCAUCCUGGAGCUGCCUUGGGGGUCUAGAGGAUCAAGAGAUGAACUUCCUACAGCAAGAAGAAAGUGCCUCAUGGUCAUCACCAGCUGUGGCUACCAGCUCAGAAAGAAUCUAUGCAAACAGGGGGGUCAAGGCUUCCAGAUGGACAAGGCAGGAGGCUGUGGAGGAAGGAGAACCACCAGGUUUGGAGGAAGGUGCCCAGUCCAGACCAGCUGCUGAGUCUGCCAGGCUGGAGGUCACAUUCCCCAAGGCCACACCCUUGGCCCAAACUACUCCCUUGGCUGAGAUGGAGACCCCUCCUACUGGGUGGGAUCUCCUUUUGCCUGAGUGUGCAGCCUCAGCAGUGGGCUCCAGCACAGGUGAUCUAGAGCUGGCCAUCGAGUUCCCAGACUCAGAGGCCUGGGACUGUAAGCUUGAAAGCCUGGGGGACGAGAGGCCCCAGCCAUGCCCAUCCCCACAGGCCCCACUUCUCAGCCUGGGUUGGGAUGAUGAGCUACAGAAGCCUGGGGCCCAGGUCUACAUGCACUUCAUGCAGGAGCACACCUGCUACGAUGCCAUGGCCACUAGCUCCAAGUUGGUCAUCUUUGACACCACACUGGAGAUCAAGAAGGCCUUCUUUGCCAUGGUGGCCAAUGGUGUGCGAGCAGCCCCUCUGUGGGACAGCAAGAAACAGAGCUUUGUGGGGAUGCUUACCAUCACAGAUUUCAUCCUGGUGCUGCACCGCUACUACAGAUCCCCAUUGGUCCAGAUCUAUGAGAUUGAAGAACAUAAGAUUGAGACUUGGAGGGAGAUCUACCUUCAAGGCUGCUUCAAGCCUCUUGUUUCCAUCUCUCCCAAUGACAGUCUAUUUGAAGCCGUCUAUGCCCUCAUCAAGAACCGGAUCCACCGCCUGCCCAUCCUGGAUCCAGUCUCGGGCACUGUGCUCUACAUCCUCACACACAAGCGACUACUCAAGUUCCUACACAUCUUUGGUGCCCUGCUGCCCCGGCCCUCCUUUCUCUGUCGAACUAUCCAAGAUUUGGGCAUUGGCACAUUCCGAGAUUUGGCUGUGGUUCUGGAAACAGCCCCCAUCCUGACUGCUCUGGACAUCUUUGUGGACCGACGCGUGUCUGCACUCCCUGUGGUCAAUGAAUCUGGUCAGGUUGUGGGCCUCUACUCCCGCUUUGAUGUCAUUCACCUGGCUGCCCAACAAACCUACAACCACCUAGACAUGAGCGUGGGAGAAGCUUUGAGGCAGAGGACACUGUGUCUGGAGGGGGUCCUCUCCUGCCAGCCCCAUGAGAGCUUGGGGGAAGUCAUUGACAGGAUUGCACGGGAACAGGUGCACAGGCUGGUGUUAGUGGAUGAGACUCAGCAUCUUCUGGGUGUGGUUUCCCUCUCUGACAUCCUUCAAGCCCUGGUACUCAGUCCUGCUGGGAUCGAUGCCCUCAGUGCCUGAAAGUGCCGGAGUCCUCACUCCCAUCCCAUCUUCCUCACCUGAAAACCAAUGAAUGGAUCUGGGGGACUUGGCCUUCAUCUUCUCCCACCCCACUUUUCAGGUUCUGCUCUGGUACAGGCUAUCCAGCUUUCCCUAAUUGUCCUUGCUGUGCCUAUCCUCCCAGAUGCUCUUAGGCAUGCCCAAUGCACCAGAAUGACAAAAUGAAGAACAACCAAGUCAAGCCUGAACGUCCCUGAACCAGAGGCACUGUGAUUACCUUCAGACCAUCUGUGCUCCCUGUCUCUGCAUAUGCCUUUUUCCAACACCUGGGUCAGGGCUCUAUAUGACAGUGAGUGUGCAGUCUGUGGAUUUACUUGGGGGGGGGUCUGGAUUUCUUGGCUUCUGGACCAUGAAUAUUCAUGCCUCCGCUCCUGGGAGCCCCAGCUGGUCUUUCUCCAUGGGAUCCAUCACUUUGCCACUACCAUCCUACUCUCCUGGCAUUUCAGGGCUUCUGGAGGUCACCAUAUAGCAGUCCUUAAUUCUAGAGCUGCCUGUUGUCCAAGCUCCUUAGCCCUCACCAGUGAGUAGUGUUCUUGAUCCCCAAUGACAGAUGGUCCUGUAUUCAGAUCGCUGAGAAUGGGCAAUUGAGAAAAGAGAAACAAAAGAGUAAGCCGUGAACUUGGAUUUUAUAGGUUUACUUAAACGCUACUGACAGUCAUUGAACUUGAACUUGUGGCAAGCUGAUUAUGUCUUCCGAAUUCAAAGGCUUGAAGGAAAGUCUGCAACUGACAAAAGCUGCAAGUGGCAUUUCUUUGUGUAUAGAAUGCUAUUCUGCCCACUUUUUAAAUCUUUUGUUUAUAGCAAAAUGAUAAAGAAAACAUUUGACUACUCACA